AGAAAUAGGCUGGACAAAGGCAGCUAGACAUUUUCAUGUUCUGGAAUCACCAGACAGUCCAGCUCUUCUUCAGAAUGGAGUCUUCUAGAUUUUUGAGCAUCCUGGUCUUAUCUACCCUUCUAGUGAAUGUCCAGGGACCUGGUCUGACCUACUGGAUCUUUCCCAGGAGAUGCCCCAGAAUCCGAGAGAAAUGUGAAUUCAGAGAAAGGGAUGUAUGUACAAAGGACAAACAGUGCCUGGACAACAAGAAGAAGUGUUGCAUCUUCAGCUGUGGAAAAAAAUGCUUAGACCUCCACCAAGAUAUAUGCACCAUGCCCAAAGAACCUGGCCCUUGUAUGGCAUUUUUUCAUCGUUGGUGGUACAAUAAGGAGAAGAAUACCUGCUCCAGGUUCAUCUAUGGUGGCUGCAAAGGAAACAACAACAAUUUCCAGUCCAAAGCCAUGUGCCAGAACAUGUGCCCCAGCAAUCGCUCCUAACUGUCAGUGCAUCAGGAUGCACCUGAACAGCCGCCAGGAGUUGGCUCGUGAUCCAAGGCUCUGUCCAUGCACCUGACUGAUGCUUCACGUUGGCGUCCACUCUUCCACUCCACAUUCCAAGGGCUCAGCUCUUCCGCAAACAGAGCCCUGGGAUCUGCAUUCCCCUUUCUCUAGCUCAGCCUCGUUUCACACAUGGUAUCAUUCUCUUUUGAUCCCAUCUCUAGGCUUCUUUCCUUUAUGUCCGAUGUCUAGAGACCCUGUCUAUACCUGCAUAGCUCCCAGGUUUCCCCAAUAAAGUACUCUGUUUAGUCCUCUGCCUCUGUGGCUGAAUAAUUCAUAUCUGUUGGUACAUUACACUUUGCAGAGACUAAAGGGUCAUUGAGGCUCUUGUGACACCAUUAAAGGGAGUGAGAACUGUCAGAACCUUGAGAGUUGAGAGCUCCAGGGACAUUGUUAUCUACCUCUGUUUCUUCAAAAAAUUGUAAGACCCUUUUAAGACAAGGGUCUAUGGGCAUUGCCUUAGUUUGGAUCCCCCAGAAACCAAUCCUAGGACAAGGACAUGGGUAGAGGAGUUUAUUUGGGAGAUGUCUCAAUACACACAAGGUGGGGAUGGGGUAGGUGAUACAGGCAAGAGAAGAGUGUAUCAUGAUUAUAAUUAUGGUUACCGUGGGGGCAAACUGCAGCUUACUCCCCCUGGGACCUUCUAAGGAACCCUGUAAAACAUGUGUCCAAAUGUCUACAUUCAUCUCCAGUGAUGGGGCAGCUGAGGCGUUUAUUCAUUAAUUCCCAUCCCCUCCUGGCUGCCUGGGCCUAUGGAACCCCUUGCUCCUCCAGAUUAUUCCCCACACAAGCUGAGUAAGCUGUCAGGGAGCCAGAGAAAACCCACAGCACAGAAGUAGAGACUCUGACACUUGAAGUGGGAAGCUAUCACUGUGCACUGGCCACAACAAGAAGCAAAGAACUAACGCAAGAUACACUGUGGAUGAACCUCAAAAGCAUUAGGUGAUGCAAAAAAAGCCAGACAGGAAAGGUCAUAUACUAUAUGAUUCCAUUUAUAUGACAUAUCCAGAAUAGGUAGAUCCAUAGAAACAGAAAGUAGGUUACUGGUUGCCAGGGGCAGGAUUAGGCUGGGGAAAAUAGUGACUGCUAAUAGGUAGAGAUUGUCCUUUUUUUUUUUAGUUUUAUUUCUUUAAGUAAUCUCUACACCAGAGGUGGGGCUCGAGCUCCCGAGAUCAAGAGUUGCGUGGUCUUCUGACUGAGCCAGCCAGGUGCCCCUAAGAUUUUCUUCUGGAGUGA